GUUGUAGAAAUUGAGGAAAAGAUUAAUAAGGUGUGGAAUAUAAGGCAAAGAGACGAUGAAACAAUACUAGCAUAUACUUACCGUUAUGAAUCGCUUGUGGUUUCGGCAUUGGAAUUGGAAGCAGAAAUCAAUGAUAGUAGGAUGCAAGAAAUAGUAAUAGACAAUACGUUAGUUAAAGCUGAUGCUGAAGUCGAAAAAAUUGAA